CCCGCCCGGAGCCCGGUGCCGUCGCCCUGUCGCCCCCGCCGGCCAUGCGCCGACGCGGGCAUGAGCCCGCUCCACGGUCCCGCCGAGCAAGCAAGCGCCCUCGGCCCGGGCCAAGGCGCCCAGGUCAGUGCUGAGACCCAGGAGGUGGGAACCCGCUGCUGCUUCUGGAAGUGGAGCUGAACCAGGCACAGGGGGAAGGAGCUGCUAGAACAAUGCUGAGGCGGGUGAGGUGAGAAGCAGCCUGAGGACCCAGCUGGACAGAGCGACUGGAACAGGUGAUCCGAGGAGCCCCAGACCGGACUACCUGGGUACCCCUCCCUGCCUCCUCGGCCCAGCCCAGCGCCCCAAACACAGUGGGGCCACCAUGGCGACCAAUUUCAACGACAUCGUCAAACAAGGCUAUGUGAAGAUGAAGAGCAGGAAGCUUGGGAUCUACCGGAGGUGCUGGCUGGUGUUCCGGAAAUCCUCCAGCAAGGGGCCUCAGCGGCUGGAGAAGUAUCCGGAUGAGAAGUCCGUGUGCCUCCGAGGCUGCCCCAAGGUGACUGAGAUCAGCAAUGUCAAGUGUGUCACCCGGCUCCCCAAGGAGACCAAACGGCAGGCAGUGGCCAUCAUAUUCACGGAUGACUCAGCGCGGACCUUCACCUGUGACUCAGAACUGGAGGCAGAAGAGUGGUACAAGACACUGUCUGUGGAAUGUCUGGGGUCACGGCUCAAUGACAUCAGUCUGGGAGAGCCCGACCUCCUAGCUGCUGGGGUACAGAGUGAGCAGACAGAUCGAUUCAAUGUCUUCCUGCUCCCCUGCCCCAACCUGGAUGUGUAUGGCGAGUGCAAGCUACAGAUCACCCAUGAGAACAUCUACCUCUGGGACAUCCACAACCCCCGCGUGAAGCUCGUCUCGUGGCCCCUCUGCUCCUUGCGUCGCUAUGGCAGGGAUACCACACGCUUUACCUUUGAGGCAGGCCGGAUGUGCGAUGCUGGGGAAGGGCUCUACACCUUUCAGACGCAGGAAGGGGAGCAGAUUUAUCAGCGGGUCCACAGUGCCACCCUGGCCAUCGCUGAGCAGCACAAGCGGGUCCUGCUGGAAAUGGAGAAGAACGUGAGGCUGCUGAACAAAGGCACUGAGCAUUACUCCUAUCCCUGCACACCCACCACCAUGCUGCCCCGCAGUGCUUAUUGGCACCACAUCACGGGUUCCCAGAACAUCGCUGAAGCCUCCAGCUUUGCCGGUGAGGGGUAUGGAGCAGCCCAGGCCAGCUCGGAAACGGACCUCCUCAACAGAUUCAUACUGCUAAAGCCAAAGCCCAGCCAGGAGGACAGCAACGAGGUCAAGACCCCUUCCCAGUGACAGCAGGACCGUGGGUGCUGAUGACUGCUGGGCUGCCUAUUGAAGGGCGGACUACAGUGUCCCGUGGACAGCCUCCAGAGGCUGUGGACCAAGAGCCUGAGAAGGGGAGCAAGCUGUUCCCUCCUUGCCCCCUGGGUGAGGCUGGACCAAGGCAAAGGGCUGGCCACACCGCCUGAGCAUGUGUGAGGGGCUGGAGCUACCGCGGACUAUAUACUUUAAUGAUUUUAAUAUAUAUGGCUUAUGACAUAUUCUAUAUUAAUGAGAUUCCCCCUCUAUCCCUCCUCACCAACACACAUUUUUUUAAUCCCAUGACCAGGUCAUGGUCAUGACUAUUUUUGAGGAUGACUGGCUGUUUUUGUCCUCCAUGGUACGGCCCUCCUAUUGCCAGGACCCACUUGAGCUGCGGGGGCCAGAGGGGGAACAAUCAGAACUCAAGGCUGGUGCUGCCUAUUGGUUUUUCUCAAGUAGCCCAGGGGCCAAGACAGCAGGUGGCUUUUCAGUUCCUCUGGGCCUGGAAUGGCACAAGAAGGAUAUGAAUUUCUACUGUGCCACUUGGCAGCCUUGCACUUUGGAGUUUUAAGCAGAGGUGACAUCUAGUUUUAAAAUGUAAUUUCUGCACAGGCUCCUUCCUGCUCAGUAAGCUGAGAUGCCCUCAGGAUAGGGGGUCCAGAUUACCUUGGCCUAGAGGAUAGCUGGGGCUACUUCCUGCCAGGCAGGGCCAGGCGGGAAGGCUGCAGCAGGACUGCUGUGGGGAGCACCCCUGCUGCCCCCUCUCACUGGCCAAGGGUGGCCAGCAGAGUCUCUCACCCUGAGCUUGGCCGCCCUGUGCCAGAGCACUCAGAAACCAAGACCUUGCCAUCUCCUCCCCACAUGGUGCUGAGGCUCCCUGCUGAAAUGCAAUUAAAGCAAUUGAUUUUCUAGUGCUGGUAUUUAUUGACUACC